AUGGACUUUCACUCCAGCACAGUGGAGGGGGCAUGGACAGCAUUGCAUGGCUUCGCUUUGGAGAAGCAGCUGAUGCAAAGAAGCAAGGAUGAUAUGGUUCAACUUAUUCUGGAGCUUGCCAGCUGUCAACCAGAGGCCUCGGCGUUUAUUCAUUCCAAAAUUAACUUCUUCGCGACACAACAAGAGAUGAACGCGUCCAUGGACGUUGAGGCAUUUGGUGCGGUUGGCAGUGCACCUGAAGGUACGAAUCAAGCACCGAACUCGGUGAGUUCCCACGGUAUGUGUGAUGAUAACGGAAGUAAAUCUUACGAAAUAAAUGAUGCUCAUCAGCUCACUUCCUUUGAGGGGACAAUCACCAACAAUGAGAAUGUAAUCAAGCCUAGAGGCGCUUCUCACAACCAAUCUUCUGAUGAAACGUACUUACCCCGCGCGCUGCUCUGCGAAAAUCUUGGAACCUGUCAAAGAGAAAGACGAUUUUACGAUUCUGACAGAUAUUUCAGCAAGCCCUAUCCAAUCAACCUGAGCACCUCGCAAAUGCGACAAUUCUCAGAUGCACGUAAUAAUGGAGUCAUUUCUACACUAGCGACACCUAUAGCGCAGUGCAGCACAAAUCGUCUGUCGAUCACAGCUACAAACACGGGCAACAACAAGACCACCACAAUAUUAAAGAGAACACAAGUACGAUCGCGGGAUAAGCCUUUUUGCACUGAUCUCCACCCAUGCCUGCGAUGGUAUGGAGUUUGCCGCAAUCCGACUAAAUGUGUUUACGUAACAACGCCACAGAAUCUAUGUUUGAACUGGAUUCGUGCCUCUUGCUCAAGUGGUGACGACUGUAGCGGCGUCCAUCGUUUGCCAGAGCCGUGCACAUUUGAUGUUUUCAUGGUUUACCAACUGAAUCACGGGAUGAGACGUCAUGAGGCCUCGUCGUGGAUAACCUCACGGUUUUCACCGUGUAUCUUUCCUAAAAUUUCGUCUUCACUUGAAAAAAAUGCCAUGCAAGACGCGAUGACUCACAAAGCCUCGAAAAAACAACAUCAAGCAGAAGCAAAAAGCAACGCUCAUACAGUCGAAAAUUCGGCUACUCACUGUGGUGACACUAGUGCGGUGACGCCAUCUGUGAAGACAGGUGCCUCAUUUCUUCAUCCCAACCGAAAACGAAGCAACAAUUCGGACAAGGCUCACGCACGCAAGAGCCUCACGGAGGUGGAGAAGGUCAAUGCAGUUUCAGAUGGAGAGCCACAGCUAGAGAAUGUCUACCGUUCUUUAUAUCAGAGCUUCGUCGGUGCAGCUUCUUCAGAAAGCCCAAAUGAGGAACCUCAGCCGAAGCUCAACACGGAUGAAGAUAAUUGGCGUGAACAUAAUGCAGUGACGAAGACACGUAGUCCGUCGCAGGGCAGCAAAACACAACAAGAUCACCCCAAAUUAAACGAGCGCUACCCUGGCGCGGCAUUUGGUAUUGCAAACCGCUCUAUAUACAAAAACGCCAUCGAAGACGCUCCCUCUGCCAAAGAUCGCGACAACAAAUCACCGGACCCUGGAAUCCGAACCCGGACACACUCUCCAGAACGUGAAACCCAGGGAGUGAAUAAUAUAAUCAAAAAUAUAUUGUAG